AUGAAGAAACAAGGUUGUGAGAUUGAAGCAAUAGGCAUAAACUACAGAGUAUGCACACAGAAAGGACAGAUUUUUGGAACAAAACAAUCAGAAAUCAACAAGAAAUCAAUCCGGCAAGUGCUUCAAGAUGUUAGUUGUCGAGCAAAACCAUGGGAAAUUCUUGCCGUUGUUGGCCCUAGUGGCGCCGGAAAAUCCUCAUUGCUAGAAAUCCUCGCCGGGAAACUUACGCCACAAUCUGCAUCCAUUUAUGUUGAUCAAAACCCGUUUGAUAAAACCCAUUUCAAGAAGAUAUCAGGCUAUGUUACACAAAAGGAUAAGUUAUUUCCACUCCUUACGGUUGAAGAAACCUUGAAAUUCAGUGCAAAGCUCCGGCUAAAGCUGCCGGAAUCGCAGCUGGGUUCAAAGGUCAAGUGUUUGAUUCAAGAACUGGGUUUGAGUCAUGUUGCCGGAGCACGAGUCGGUGAUGACCGAAUCAGGGGGAUUUCUGGCGGAGAGAGGCGGCGUGUCUCCAUCGGUGUUGAGGUUAUACAUGAGCCCAAAGUGCUGAUUCUAGAUGAACCAACUUCAGGACUUGACAGUACUUCUGCACUUCAGAUCAUUGAUAUGCUUAAAUCUAUGGCAGAAAUCCAGGGCCGGACCAUAAUUCUCAGCAUUCACCAGCCCGGAUUUCGAAUUGUAAAACUAUUCAACUCUAUUCUGUUGUUGGCUAAUGGCUCAGUUUUACACCACGGCUCGGUGGAUUCAUUAGGCCUCAAUUUGAGCUUGAUGAGAUUGCACCUUCCUCUUCAUGUCAAUGUUCUUGAAUUUGCUAUAGAAUCCAUUGAGAUGAUCCAACAGUACCAAGUCAAGAAAGGAAAUGAAGAUGAAAGUAGAAGUGGUUUUCAAGGUGGAACCGAUGGUAAAUUGACACUACAACAACUCUUUCGACAAGCCAAGGUUAUAGAAGAGGACUCUAUUGAUGUCAAAACUAAUAUUCCUUAUGAUUUUGCUAAUUCUAGAUUGAAAGAAAUCAUAAUUCUCACAGACAGAUUCUUGAAAAACAUUUGUCGAACAAAGGAACUAUUCGCUUAUAGGACUCUCCAAAUGCUGAUUUCUGGGCUUGUUCUGGGAUCUGUCUUUUACAAUCUUAAGAAUGAUUUAGUUGGCUCUGAGGAAAAAGUCGGAUUAUUCGCAUUCAUCUCAACAUUUUUGUUGUCAAGUACAACAGAAGCAUUGCCUAUAUUCUUGCAAGAACAAGAAAUCUUAAAGAAUGAAACCUCUUGUGGAAGCUAUAGGGUAUCAUCCUACGCAAUAGCAAAUGCUAUUGUGUACAUGCCAUUUCUGCUGAUUCUUGCAGUAUUAUUCUCUGUACCGUUAUAUUGGUUGGUGGGAUUGAACUCUAGUUUUUUGGCUUUCUUUCGUUUCUUGACGCUGAUUUGGUUAAUUCUGUACACUGCAAAUUCAGUUGUGGUAUGUUUCAGUGCUCUCGUCCCGGAUUUCAUCAUGGGGAACUCAGUGAUCUCGGCCGUUAUGGGCUCGUUCUUUCUGUUCUCUGGCUACUUCAUAUCAAAGAAUGGGAUACCAAAUUACUGGAUUUUCAUGCACUAUAUUUCUCUGUUUAAGUAUCCAUUUGAAGGGCUGUUGGUAAAUGAGUUUUCCAGUUCUGGGAAGUGUUUGGAAUUCAUGUUUGGAGAAUGUGUGGUGAGUGGUGAAGAUUUACUCAGAGAAGAAGGCUAUGGAGAUGGGGAAAGUGGAUGGAGAAAUUAUGUUAUAAUUGUCUGUUUCAUUUCAGUUUACAGGUUUAUUUCCUUUCUUAUUCUUAGGUGUAGAUGCUCUCAGGAAGGAAUCCUCAUUUGA